AUGUUCCCCGGACAACUCUACAAGACCGAGUCCGGUCGUCUCUUCCACGCAGGCGCAAUCGCCAUUAUUCUCGUCGGACUCCCUGCAAGAGGCAAGACCGCCAUCUCUCGGUCCCUUUAUCGAUAUAUCCGUUGGCUCGGUGUCCAGUCCAAAGUCUUUAGCGUUGGCAACUACCGUCGGCAGAUUAUCGGUGUUGAACUCACCAACGACUUUUUCUCUCCAGCCAACAAGGCCACAGCAGAUAUGCGUCUCAAGAUCGCCAAUGCCUGUCUAGACGACAUGGUCCAGUGGUUCUCACAAGGAGGUCAAGUUGGUAUCCUCGAUGGUAGUAACACAACAGUCGAGCGGAGACAGGAGCUUGUUGAGCGGUUCAAGGCUUGCAAUGUCCAGCCCAUGUUCAUCGAGACUAUCUGUGAUAAUCCUGCCAUUGUUGAUGCCAACAUCCGCAGCGUCAAAGUCUCAUCUCCCGACUACGUCGGAUGGGAUCGCACAGAUGCUGUGAAUGACUUCAAGCGCAGGAUCGCCAACCACGAACCAUUCUACACAACCAUCUCUGAUCUCAGCCUAAGCUUCGUCAAAGUCAUCAAUGCAGGAGAGCGCAUCAUAGUCAACAACGCCCAAGGUUUCCUCCAAAGCAAGAUUGUCUAUUACCUCACGAACCUUCACAUCUCUCCCCGGACUAUCUAUUUCGCCAGGAAUGGAGUGUCACUCCACGAAUACUCAUACAAGGCUGACGCUCCCUUGGCACCGGGAGGACAUCGAUAUGCUGAAAACUUGAAAAACUUUCUCUUGGCUCUUCGCGAAAACACCGCCACGUCGUCUCCGACCUCUUCAUCAACACCCGAAACACAACGGCCACUCACUGUUUGGACAUCGUCUCGCAAACGGAGUUUCCAGACCGCAGCUCACUUUUUGGACCACGAGGAGAUUAUUGUUCGCCAGCGGAGCGUCCUUGCAGAGAGAAACCCAGGUGUUUGCGACCAAAUGACACCAGAAGAGAUUGAGGAGCAAUACCCAGACGAGAUCCUCCGAGCCAAAGCCGACCCUUACCGUCACCGUUUCCCUCGCGCAGAGUCGUACUAUGACCUUGCAAAUCGACUGGAAAUGGUCAUCUUGGAACUGGAGAGGGAAAAGAAUGAUGUCCUCAUCGUUGCACAUGAGAGUGUCCUGCGUUGUCUCUAUGGCUACCUGAACGGACUGCCAGAAUCGGAGAUUCCAAGUCUGGAGAUUCCAGAGGGCGUGUUGUUGGAACUGACGCCGACAGCGUACACAACAGAGGAGAGGCGGCAUAGGAUCCCCGAUUUGGUGGCAAGCGUCAAUUGGCAACAACAGACUGCCAACCUGAUGUGUUUGGCAGGGAAUGUACCUGCUUCACCUAUGUACAUGGGACAGUAUAUGCCCGAAGGCGGCAAGCAGAUCCGACACGAGAGCUCAACAGCGUUUUCGUCAUCGACUUCAUCCCCUUCGUCUUCGACCCCUGGCCUCUCGAUUGCGCCCUCACCUAUCACGUCGGAGCGACAUCGGCAACUCAAGAAUGAAUUCGGUCAGGGACUAGCUCUUGCUGUCUGA